CCACCCUCUCCAGUUUUCUAUACGCUGUAUGCUGGCAACUGCGACACAGUCUGUGAACAUGGCGUUUAGAAUAGCAAAGUCUGUUUCGCCUCUGCUUUUCCUAAACAGGACGUUGUCCGUUCCGGAAAUACGGUUCACGGGUGCUUACCAUCAAAAGGUGGUGGACCACUACGAGAACCCCAGGAAUGUGGGAUCCCUGGACAAGAAUGACGUGAAUGUGGGGACUGGUUUGGUGGGCGCACCUGCCUGCGGAGACGUAAUGAAGCUGCAGGUGGUGGUGGACGGGCAGGGUAAGAUUGUGGACGCCCGUUUCAAGACAUUUGGCUGUGGUUCAGCCAUUGCCUCCAGCUCCCUGGCCACAGAAUGGGUGAAGGGCAUGUCGAUUGAUGAAGCUCUCAAAAUUAAGAAUACACAGAUCGCCAAAGAACUCAGCCUGCCCCCAGUCAAACUCCACUGCUCAAUGUUGGCGGAAGACGCGAUAAAGGCAGCGUUGGCGGACUACAAGAUGAAGCAGCAGGCGAGGGAGGAGUCUGCAGUCAAAGCCGCCAAAUGAGACCCCCCUGAUGCAGUGGGCAGUCUUCCACAGCCCCUCCACUCCCGCGUCCUCCAAUAGAGGCCAAGAGCACCGAUCCCCCACCCUUUCAUGCCAGCCUGUCAGCUUAAUGCCUAAUGAGGGCACUGAAGCUCCACCCCUUUAACUCGUCAACUUAGCGCACAAUGAGAAGGCACUGAAGCUCCACCCCUUUAACUCGUCAACUUAACGCACAAUGAGGGAACUGAAGCUCCACCCCUUUAACUCGUCAGCUUAAUGCCCAGUGAGAGGGAACUGAAGCUCCACCCCUUUAACUCGUCAGCUUAACGCACAAUGAGAGAGCACUGAAGCUCCACCUCUUUAGCCAGAGGGAAAUGAAGCUCCUCCCUGUUGGCCUGUCAGCUUAACGCACAAUGAGAGAGCACUGAAGCUCCACCCCUUUUGUCUGUCGGCUUAACAUACAAUAUGAGGGCACUUGAUUGGGGAGGUAGUUGUGCAGCAUGACCUUGCUCUAUAGUAAGGAUGCAGAAGAGUGUGUGCUUGUACGUUCAGGUGAUUGGUGUGUGCAUACUGCCCAGAGAGGAGUUGUAUGAGACCAGAGUUUCUACCUCUGUUUAAACACUCUCGCCGCCUGGCUGCUAAUGAAAGCCAUGCUUCAUCACAUUCCUUUGUCACCUGCAAUAUGGGAGCAGAGUAGAGUGUGUAAUGUUCAGGCUUUCCUGUGUUUGCGUCCCAAUGUUUCAGCUUGUGAUUUGGAUGGACAAUAUUUGAAUGCUAUUUUUAAAGAUAAUAAAAUUAUGACCAGA